AGUUGAAGUGAAAGUGAAAGUAUUUAUUGUUCAGUCUGUGGCGCAGUUAGGAGCCGUUAUCUGUCUGUUACUGAAGUUACAAUGUUUAAUGUUCAGAUGAGCUGGACAAACAUGGAGCUUCUUCCUCUCGUGUGUCUCUGUCUCCUGACUUGGUCUGGAACAACGUUUGCUGAUGGAAACGAGACAGAGAUCAGAGUGUUAGAGGGAAGAAAUGCAACUUUACCCUGUUCCCUCAGCUCCAGAGAGAACAUUGGGCUGAGACGCUUUGAGUGGAAGAAAGGUGGUCAGAAGAAGGUGUUGGUGUAUGAUGGUGGAGUUCACUCCAAUAAUGGUUUCUCAGGUCAAGAUCCACAGUUCAAAGGUCGUGUCUCAUAUUUUGAAGAUGGACUGAGGAAUGGAAACGCCUCCAUAACCAUCAGAGAUACAAAGCUGACUGACAGUGGAGACUACACCUGUGAAUUUCCAGGUCGUCAGGAAAAAUGCCACAUCAAGCUUGUUGUCGAGACAAAGAUCAUCGUGUUAGAGGGAAGAAAUGCAACUUUACCCUGUUCCCUCAGCUCCAGAGAGAGCAUUGGGCUGAGACGCAUUGAGUGGAUGAAAGAUGGUCAGCAGGAGGUGUUGGUGUAUGAUAGUAGUCGUCUAUCAGGUCAAGAUCCACAGUUCAAAGAUCGUGUCUCAUAUUCAGAAGAUGGACUGAGGAAUGGAAACGCCUCCAUAACCAUCAGAGAUACAAAGGUGGCCGACAGUGGAAUCUACACCUGUAAAUUUCCAGGUCGUCAGGAAAUAUGCCACAUCAAGCUUGUUGUUGGUGCAGCUGUGAACCCGUCUGUCAUCACACUCAGAGUCACACAGGACUGGGCGGCGCUGCAGUGUGUUGUUCGAGGAGCUUCUCCCCAAACUGAAGUCGAGUGGCAGGACGGUUCUGGACACAACCUCACAGCUCAGCUACAGGUGUUUGACAGAGACGGACGCUACGACAUCAUCCUCCAAACGACUGUGACCAAGACCGACAUCUAUCGCUGUGUCGCCACGCAGAAGGAAAUCAGCCAUCAGACUCAUGCUUGGACCUACGUGUUCAUCUGUGGGAGGCACAGUGGGUUGGUUGCUGGUGUUGCUGUUGGUGCAGUUCUUGGGACUCUCGUUGUUGUUGGUGUUGUUCUGGCUGUGCUUAGAGCCAGAGGUUACAGAUGUAUUAAAGGUUCACGAUCAAACACCUUUUAAAGACUCCAGUGAGUCAGAGCAGAGACCUGAUCAGGAUCCUGAUCUACCUUUACAUGAGCUGUGAAGUCUUAGUGAGUUUUAGGCCGAGGUAGUGAGGACAUUUCAGCUGCUCCUCACUUAUUUCAGACAGUUUGAGAGUUUAGACCUGGAUCUAAAGUUACAGUUAGAGGAGCUGUGUCUGGAAACCAAACCGGAUCUGAAACAUGAUGUUGCAAGUUACAGGGCUGUGAUCCUGAGAACAGACAUGAGCAGAUUGGCUGAACGAGAUGUAAAAAUGUCUGUUUAGGUUGAGAAAAUCUGACUGUGGAAGUAAAGGAGGUGUGUUGGAGAAGAUCUGUGACCCUGUAGUGAAAUGUUUGCUGGGUAAUGAUGUGUUUAUGUCCAAUGUAAAACACUGUGCUGUGUUUUUCUUUUCCAUCUUUACAUGAUGUAAAUAUGCCUUUGUUUUUUAAAGAAACAGUUUAUACGUCA